AUGUCUGACAAUGGAGGACAUGAGAAGAACGACGAAGAACAAAACCUGGAAGGAGCAGUGGGUGGGCAAGAUGUCAUUGAUGAUCCCAUCCUGGAACAAGGAGCAAUUGUCCUCAGAGGGUAUGUGAUUGAGCGUAUAAAUACAGAGGACCCAAGUCGACAUGUUACUUCUGAGGAUUUAGGUGGACGAUCAAAUGAACAACAGGAGCCACAAAUCAAAGAAGUUGUGGAACAACUACUUAAGAUUGCCGAUGAGUUGAACAGGAAUGCCGAGCUCCAACGACUAAUAAGCCAGGUUCCAGGAAACUGUGCUCAAGAUAUUUUCAUGAAGGUGGCAAGGAAUAUCUUUGCUGAUGGCAUCAGCUGGGGUCGGGUUGUGGCGCUCUUCCAUCUAGCAUACAGACUCAUAUACAAGGCACUGACAACGAAUCAUCUGGAGAACAUCAGACUCAUAAUCAGCUGGGUUCUGCAGGUUAUUAGGGAGCAACUCUACUUUUGGCUUGUCCAGCAGGGAGGCUGGGAAGGCGUAAUCCGUGGAUGGUCUCACUGGAGGACAUUGACCUUAGUGGCUUCAGUGGUUUUAGUAGCUACCAUUGUUUAUUAUAGGAAGACACGCUGA